AUGGCUCCGGCCGUCGAUCCCAGCGUCCCCUUCCACCGCUCGCAUUCCACUCCUGAUCUGCUCUCCCGGCUAGCCGACACCCCUCCUCCGUUCACUGUCGGUUCCCUCCCCCGAGACCCCCACCGGACUCUCAGCCUUAAGAGCCUGCCCAGCCUUCCCGCUUUCGACCUGCCGUCCUUCGAUUUCGACCACGCGUUCCAUGCCACUUUUAGUCUCGACGACAAGCCCGACGCCCCGAGCCCGUCGACAACUAAGAAGAAUAUCUUCGAGAUCAGGACCACUGCGGAGCCCUCUGUCGACCCCAGCGCCGGAAAGCUCGGCCGGAGCAACUCUAUGAUUGACAAGCCGCGCCUAUGGCUGCCGAGCUCGAGGUCGACGCCAGAUGUUCGUGGGAGCCUGAGGGUGGAAGGUUCUGAACCCAAAACAAAGGACAAUGGGGCCACUUCCAGAGACAGGAGCUCUGGGCCAGAGCCAAAGCUGGCCGAGAGGUCCAAAACGGUGGAAUCCUUUGCCGGCUUUGCCAGGCGGUCAUGGAUGUCUCGUUCCAGAUCUCCCUCCCCCAGUAACAAGCCCGACAACAACAAGGCCUUCCCGAACCGGAUCCGGGACCGACAGUGGGCCAGUAGUAGGAAUACUCAGCCAAAGAAGGCUGCGAAGGGGGCAUCCCCCGAAGCAAGAGCAGAUGCAGCUGCAGGAGCAGGAGGAGGGGCCCGGAAGGAGCCUCGCUCCCGUGUCGAGGGCAGCCUUGACCGGGAGGCAAGCCGGUCUACCGACUCACUGAGCAGCACAAGCCGAGCCCUCAAUCGUGCCAGUGUAUACUUGACCAAGAUCAAACAAAGGCCCCAGAGUGUGUUUGUCAGAAGUGCUUCUGCCACAGCCCUCUCAACCUUGUCCCUCGGUGCAAUGGAGAGUGCAGAUUCUGAAGGCCUCGACUCAUCAGAGACUGCCUCUGCCAACACCGUUGGCACCACCACUCCUGCUGCAGAUCAUCAUACGUUGCAAGGCCGCAAUCAUCCUCUGUACGCUCGGGACUCGUCUCAUACAGACUCCACCUGCACCUCGGAAACUGGCACCUCAUCGGAGGACGCCUCUCAGGCAACCACGGAUACCGCCCUCACGAUGCCACAAUCCAGCUCGCGCGACCCGCUGUGGGCCACCUUCCGCAACCUCGACGCUGACUUUAAUAGAUUCGCGGCGAAGAACUCGGCCUCGGCAAAAAUGGGCGCCAUCCGCGGCAUCUUGGUGCCCUUCCUGCGCAACACGGCUUACCACCCGUCAAAUGCCGACAAGCGCAUGCUGACCCCCGAGGACGUCGAUCGCCGGGCGACGAUCCUCAACAGGUGGUGGAACGGUCUCCUGGAAAUGCUGGACAACGGCCAGUCGAGGGUGGAGCUCGGUGUGCCGUCGACUGCCUCCCCCGUGGGCAGUCCGCCCCAGCCCGUGGCCGGCGUGGACCGCCCGGCGUUGCUCGAGGCCGCGACCAUGAUCAUGAUGCGUCCCGAGUGGAGAUUGAGCACGAGCUACUUCCAGCCUCUCGCAGACCGCUCGCCCUUUGAGCGCGUGAGGGCGAGGUCCCCAACCCAGUCGUCCGACGGAAACAGCGACCACGAGUCGUCGGACUCGACCUUCAUAACCGAAUCGGCCGAGCACAACGUGCGGACCAUGUUUGCCGCCAACCUCCUCACUCAGAUGGCUAUAGUGGUGGGCAAGAUGUCCAUGCGGCACGCACCGCUGAGUCUGGUCAACUGGAGCGGCAAGGCCUGCGCCUACGCCUUCUUCUUCGUGCCUGGCGUGGCCGAUAUCCUCGUCAGGCUCUGGGGCCUGAAUUCGGAUCUGAUCCGUAGAGUAGCCGACGAGUUCGGCCUGCCGAGACGGAGCAAAGGCGAGAGCGAGGACAUCGUGGCGCUGUUCCCGCCGAAUCUGGGUGGCCUAGGCUGGACUUCGAUCAAGACCGUCACGGACAAGCUACGCCUCGCGCCGAAGCUACCGCUGCUGACGGCAAGGAUUCCCUGGCACGGCCCCUGGGUGUCGAGGUGGAGGGGCGGCGACACGGAUCUCCUGUUUAUCUUCUGCAAAUACUACUACAUCCUCGCCGAGGAGUUCAUGCCCGCCGAUCUCCCUCUCAUCGAGAAGGCGCGCGGCCCGGCCUUCGUCCUGCUCCACGCACAGCUCCUGUCCACCCUAGACAGCACCAUCCACCGCCACGCCGCCGUCGAGGCAAUGCUGGCCCCGCCUCUUAUCGACGCUUCCCACGGCGCUGACGCCUCCAUCGCCGCCCUCUCACUGCCGCCUAACAACCUGUUUCGAGGAAUGGACGAGAACCGGCUGGUCAUCCUGCUCAAGGACAUGCUCUCGGACAACUCAUUUGGAGUCGUCUCCGGCGUCAAGCUCGCUUUCGCCGAGGCGUUUAUGGCCCUGCUGAAGAGCGCAACGAAGCGCACGUCGCGGUAUGAGCACACCUCAUGCUUCAUGCUCUGCGACUUCCUCGAGGAGGCCCUCAUGACGUACGACUCGUUCCAGAACAGCAUCAAUAACAGCUACGCGACCUCCCCGAGGGAGGAGAACGCGCCGUCGUCUCCGUCGCCCGAGUUCGGCAGCCCCGCGCGGCCGGUCGACUUGAUCGACUGGCCCUUCUGGUUCGACGUGGGCAAGAUGAUCCUCAACUCGAACAACACCAUGGCGGAAAUCCGCAUGCUGUCGUUCCUGUUCGCCGUCUGGGACGCCAUAGUGGUGGACCCGGCGCGGAAGGAGUCGCUCUGCAUCGAGUGGCUGCUGUCCGAGGAGGUGUUUGGCAAGUUCUUCAACAACUGGUGCCCCAUGGUGCGCGCAUACUACAUGCGCCUGCUGUGCUGGAGGAUAUGCAGGGACUCGGGGCGGGCCGACGAGCUCGACACCAGGAUAUUCCUGCUCGUGUCCCAGCGCCUCAAGACCGUCUGGUCGCACUACCUCUGGCUGAAGCAGAAGGCUGACGCCGAGGGCCGCUACCCGCCAUCCACAGCGCCCUGCUACCCGACCCCCGGAAAGCGCUUCAUGAUCAUCCGGACAGAAUUGCAGACGCCGCAACCAGGCUUCCUCGUCGGCUUCGACCAGUCCUGGGGCACUUUUGGUAAUCCCGAAGGGAGGGGGGCAGUAGCCGACUACCGUGCUUCUCCACAGGAAGGGGCAAGCGAUAGGGCCUCUCCCAGUGGCGCUGACGGCAACCCCACGUCGUACAAGAAGAAGUGGUCCCUCCUGGGGAAGGUGUUGUCUCUCACCGCCGGCACAGCGGCCGGGAUCAAUACGGCCGGGAGGCGCAGCACAUGGGACGACGACCUCGAGGAGGUGCGGCGCGAGACGGCAGCCUCGAGGGUGGUGCGAGCGGGCGUCCACCUGCUGUCGGGCCCGCCGCCUCCGCCAAAGCACGCACCUUCGUCGACCAUGACGUCGUCAUCCGACUCGACCUCGUCGACGGGUUCGGCCCCGGUCUACGAGACGACGCAGUACGUCUUCCGAUUCACCCUCGGCUGGCAGAGCCAGGCCGCCGCGGCGGCCGGUCCACCGAGGGACCGCGUCCUGACGCGGCCUCGACUCCCCGUCCCGGCGCAGGCACGGGUCAGCGCACGGUCGGCGGCGAUGAGCAGAAGGGCGGAAGGGGCGGUGGCGGCCAACAACAGCAACGGGGGUAGCGCUGUCUUUAGGAGCGAGAGCCCGCCACCGAUCGCGGCGGGACUCCCACAUCCUACAAGGCGGUUCAGCGGGCUCGCGCACACGGGGCUGGUGAGCGAGGCGCGGAACGCGAGGCCCUUGCUCGAGGGGAACGACGAAUCGCAGUCGCCCGGCGGUAGCAGCAGCAAGAGCAAGCGGCGGUCCAUGACCCUGCCGAUCCUCGGCGCCGGCGACGGCAGCCGUAGCAGCUCGGACGGGUGGUCGCCGAGGUCGUCCAUGUCGUCGAGCAAGGCGCCCACGCUGGCACUCCACCUCGAAUCCCUCGACCUCCAAGGCUCGUCCGAUGCGGAACGAGACCGCGGCCGUCGGCUCUCGUACAACGGAAACUCUAGCGCCGCCGACACCGAGCUUAACUCGAUCCAGCCGACGCGGCCGACGGGGGCGCAGGCGGCGGUUGCGACGUACGCGGGCCGGGCGCUGGCGGAGUGGAGCCUGGUGGUCAACGAGUGCAACAGCUUCGUGGACCGGCGGCGCGACGAGGGCGUGCUGGGGCUCAGCGAGGUGGAGGUCCCCACGCUCGGGGUCGAGGGCCUGGGCGUGCGCGGGCGGCCGGCGUAG